AUGAAUCGGAGUGACACGUUGCUUGAACUGGUACAACUCCAGAUUCGUGUAGGAUGAAUCUGCUUUUACGUGGAUCAUAUAAUAUGAAGACAGUCACUCAAUCUUGUCUUCUGUAUAAAGACGAAUCGAAUGCUUCCUAUAAAGAUCCACCACAGCGAAGUUAAUACGAGAGAGAGAGAGAGAGAGCGAGCGAGAGAGAUGGAUCCCUGCCCAUUCGUUCGGCUCAUCGUGGAAUCUCUUGCGUUGAAGCUACCGUCAGUGGCGAAGCCGGCAGGCCCUGGCGUCCACCCCUCCGCCACCCCAUGCUUCUGCACUGUCCAACUCCAAGACUGCCCCUCCUCCUCCGCCACCCAGACCGCUCCUCUCCCUCUCGCCGUCGACCCGACGUCGACCACCAACUUGAUCGAACCAGCAGCCUCCACUUGCGCCGUUGCCUCCUCCGCGGUCGUCAUCAGUAUCGAGCCAGCCGCGUUGCGGAGGCCGUCAGGCAGACCGGCAAGCCUGACCGUGGCGGUCUACGCGGGCCGGACAGGGAGCACGUGCGGGUUCAGCUCCGGCCGGCUGCUCGGCCGGGUCAGAGUGGCGGUGGACCUCGAGUCGGCUGCCACGCGGGCGGCGGUGAUACAGAGCGGGUGGGUCAGCAUGGGGAGCGGGCUGUCGGCGGCGCGGCUCCACCUGGUGGUGCGGACGGAGCCGGACCCCAGGUUCGUGUUCCAGUUCGGGAGCGAGCCGGAGUGCAGCCCGGUGGUGUACCAAAUCCAAGGAGGCGGUGGGACUGGCCACGGCGGUUGCGUUCGCCAACCGGUGUUCAGUUGCCGGUUCUCCGCUGACCGUCGGCGGACCACCCGAACCACCUCACCGCCAACCAAAAACAACCGGAGAAGAUGUUGGUUUGGUUCACUGGGUGGAGAAAGAGACCACGAGAGCAGGGAGCAGCGCAAGGGGUGGACUGUAACCAUUCAUGACCUCUCGGGAUCCCCGGUGGCUGCCGCGUCCAUCGUCACUCCCUUCGUGGCCUCCCCCGGUUCAGACCGUGUCUCGCGCUCCAACCCCGGCGCAUGGCUCAUACUCCGCGCCGUCGGCCCGUCCGCCACCGACUGGAAGCCAUGGGGACGGCUCGAGGCCUGGCGCGAGAAAGGCCCCGUCGACGCCCUGGGCUACAGGUUCGAGCUCAUGACCGACGCCGGACCAAACCGCGGAUUCCCCAUCGUGGAGUCGUCCCUCAGCAUGCGCAAAGGUGGCCGCUUCUGCAUCGAUCCUGGCGUCGUCGAAAAGUCAGGGCCCUUCGCCGGUGGCUUCGUGAUGGCAGCGACGGUGGAAGGUCAAGGCAAGGUGAGCAAACCAACAGUUCAAGUCGGGGUGCAGCACGUAUCGUGCAUGGCGGACGUCGCUCUCUUUAUAGCGCUGUCUGCAGCCAUUGAUCUCAGCGGAGAUGCUUGCCAGUUGUUCUCCCACAAGCUACGCAAGGAGCUUUCCCAAGACCAGCAAGAGUACGCCCCUUGAAGAGGAUGGCCAAGUUCCUCCUUGUUCAUGUGAUGUGAUGACUACAGGCUUUCAGCAGUCUUUUGUUUGAUCACAAGAAUCGUUUCCUCUGUUUUGUUGAUAUCACUGUUAUCAUUUUUUUGUUUUAUGAAUCUUAGGAGUAAUCCGAGCAGGAUUAUUUCUAGAA